ACGGCGACACAGAAAUCCACGUAAGACUGAGUUCCGCCAUUUUGGUGUACGGCCACAGAGUUAUUAUAGUUUGUUAUAUAGUAAAACACUGUAAUUACUUUAAGAGCACUGAAAUACGUGUUCAGUUAAUUGUAAAGAUGGUGAUAUCGUGCGCUGCUGUGAACUGCACAAACAGACAAGGGAAAGUGGAUAAAUCUAUUAUUUCGUUUCACAGGUUCCCUAUCAAAAAUGCUAGGCGGCUGGAGCUAUGGAAGCAGGCAGUUCGAAGAGAGAGAUGGACACCCAACAAGUACUCGUUCCUGUGCAGCAAACACUUCACCCCAGACAGCUUUCAGGAAAGGUAUGAGGACCAGCACAGGCAGCUCAAAGGCAACGCUGUGCCCUCCAUCUUUGACUUCACCGACAAGACCAGAAACUCCAACUCGAUGGUGCGCAGGAAAGUGCUUUGCAAAGACUCUUUGGAACAAGAUGCCGUCUCAGAGGAACAGGGAGUGGCGAGAGUCGCCAAAAAGAGGAAGGCUGCUUCCCAGGAAGAUGUGACCAAGAAAGAAAGAGACAUUAGCCCCAUAGCAGUAGAAGAGGGUCCCCAGCAUGCCGUGGGGGAGUGGGCAAUGGGCGGCAGUGGAGAAGCAGAGGUUUUCACCCCUUCUUCCUGCAGCUUCAUAGGCACCUUACACUCCUACAGCUACACUUCCAGACAGGAGCGGGACCAGACUGCCAGGAGCAAGCACAAGAAGAUGAGGAAGAAGGCAGAGUCAGAGUCAAAAAAUGCUGCCGCCCCCACUGCCUCGGAACAUGACCUGAUCAAAAACGUUACCAUCCUCGUCCCCGAUCCCCACCCUGUUGUGGGCCCUGUGAAGCACUCAAGUGGCAGCUCCUGUCGUCACGUGCUGAUCGACUCUCUGCACUCGUACUGCUUCACAGACUGGCUGGCCAGCAAGGGGCAGGGCAGGCAUGGAAGGCUGGUGAGAAGGCAGCUGCUCCGGAGGAGAGCCCGGCGUCUUCAGGUACAGCUGCAGCUCAGGAAGGGGAAGGAGCUGAUGGAAAGGAAGAGGACCCAGUGGGUCUCCAACAUGCUGGCUCCACACAGAGCAGAUGCCCCGUUGAACCCGGUAAUAAAGCCCCUGGAGUGGAUGCUGGGGACCUGGGAGUGUGACGAGCCAGGAGAGGGGACCUUUCCCACUAUCCAGCCCUUCCGAUACACCGAGACGCUCCACAUCUUCCAUGUGGGACAGCCCAUGCUUAACUUCAUGUUCAAUGCCUUCCACUCUGAGACGAAGAAACCGCUGCACAGAGAAUGUGGCUUCAUCCGUGUGGAACCUGGCAAAGACAACGUGGCUUUUAUAAUUGCCCAGAACACAGGCCUGGUUGAGAUUGAGGAGGGGAAGCUGAGCGGUCAGGAGUUGACCCUGCAGUCCCAGUCUGUGUCCCGCAUCUCCUUUGCUAAAGAGCCACACGUCCAGCAGAUCUCCAGGACUUUCCGACUCAAGGAAGAUGGCAGGCUGGAGCAGACAGUGUGCAUGGCGACUGAAGGCCAGCCUCUCUCAAAGCACCUGCACAUCACCUACAGGAAGAGAGCACCCUGAAGGGAAGGGAGAGGCUUGCUAAGGGAGUACCCAACACAAACCACAUGAUCGUUAACAUGGCUCCUGCAGCUCUGCCGUUGAAUUUUACAGCAGAAUGCAAGAGAAUGUACUCUGGACUAGCCUAUAUUUACCACUGUGUAAAAUUUACAGCAACAAAAUUAAGGAAAAUGUUAAUAAUAACAUACAAAAUGUAUAGAAAUCUGUUUUCAGAUACCAAGUUAGAAAAUGUAAAGCAAUUGUAGCUUUCCAUGCCACGCACAUCUAUUCACUCACUAUACAUGUCUCAGAUAUAGUUUUGAAAGAAAUCUGUUUUAGCAAGUAUGCGUUUUCAUUUUAAAUUAUGAUAUCUGGAACUAUACUAGGCUGUAGAAAUAUUUGAUUGCAGGCUGAUAGUCUUGCACUUGCAUGGUCAUUUCAACUGGAAAUUGUCAACACCCUUUUAGGUCCUUCUUUCCUGUCAGUAACCAGCCAUUUGCUUGCCAUACUGACUGAUGUGCUUUGCAGCCAGUAAGAUGCUUGAACCUGAAGAUAGGUGAGAAGUCCUAGGAAGUGCAUGUGUAUCUAUUUCCUGUAAUGCAAGGCAAACUGACAACCUAGUGUAGUACUGGAUAUCACGUUUCAAAAUGAUAAAACAUGUGUGCGAUAUCAUGCUGAUCUCUAAACUGCACAUUUGACACAUCUAUAGUGAAGUGCAUAACAUAUAGGAUUUAAGAAAGUAUUUUGUUGGUUAUAACCAGUUUAAAUAUCCUGCAUAUCUUCCACCCCAUACUAAUUGUUAAAAAUCCUAGUUUGUCGAACUGUAGGAAACUGCUUUGAAGUAAUUGUUCACAUAAAUCUGAACCUAGCAGACUGUCUCUAGGUUUCUGCUGCAGAAUUCUAGUCAAAGUUGUGUUUUCAUUUUCUGGAACCCCUUUGCACCACAUAUCAGUCCUUUGUGCACUUUGACAGACCGCAAUUAGCACUAAGCUUGGACUGCCUAAGAUCACUUUAGGCAGUCCAAAAUUAAUUUGAAUUGUCUUCUAUGAAUCUUAUCUAUAAGGCAUAUUUUACCUACUAAAUGCUGAGCUGUACAAAAGUGGCUGCUUGUCUCCUACCUCUGGCUGAAUUAAAUGUGUUGCUUAUUAUUCAUAGUUGUGUUUACAUGUAGUUAUAGUGAUGUAAUAACUUCACUAUAUUUAUAUCAGGGUAUCAAAUGUUAAAAUUGAUGCCGAUGACAGGCAUACAUUCCUCCAAGAAACGUCCCAAUACUAGUUAUAAUAUUAUAAUUGUAAUUAUUAGAUAUAAAUGCUAGCCUAUUUUAUUUCAAUGUGUAUGAACACAUUGUUGCCAUGUACUGUAGUAAAUGAGAUGUGGAGAUAAAUAAGACACAGGUGAGGGCCAUGAGUAGAGACUGCCUGUCAGCUUCGCAUGUGUAGCUUGUUGCAUUGAGUUACUGCUUUUCAUUUUGUUUUGUUUGAUACAUGCAAGGCUAUGGAAUACUGCACUAUAUCUAAAGCACUACAUUUGUACAUAAUACUAUAAUAACGUGUACAGGACAAGCAAGGUUUCUUGGUGUCAUUCAUGUCCUCUCAGCACAUCCAGUUGAAGUGUGUCAAUGACGUUAAUCUUUAAAUUGAUUAAUUUAACUGAUAAGUGGAUUUGUGACCGAGAACACAGAGAACCGUAGAUUCAUCAGAAAACUGGAUUUAUCAAAGGGGACUCCUCAGUCAACAAUAGUCAAUUGCUUGUUUUCCUCACAGAAAGUCGCUUUAAAAAACGGCAUAGUAUUCAAAACAUGUUUUAAUAACAUUUCUUACAAACCAAAAGCCCUGUAAUUGCAUAGUCAGCGUUUCAACACUUGUACUGUAAUUCUUGAGCUCAGAAAGAAGCGUAGCGUACUUUACACUUCAAUGCAGAAUUGUGGGCAUGUACAGAAGUGCUGUCCUUUAUCUAGGCCUAUAUAGUGAACAACUUACUACAGCAUUACACAUCAUGGACACAACAUUCCUGCAGGUACAACGUGGCCGACACAGCUGUGAGGACCACAUUUAUACUGUGUGUGUGAUGCCUGCUGUUCAAUUAUUAUAGGGUGUCAUUUUAAACUUCACCUCAGGGUGGCAGUGGUACACUACAAGCAGCAAAAUGAGCAACAGAUCCAUCCUACAUGGUGUCAUUUGCAAGUGGAAGUGUAGCUUUGAAAUAUCUGAAAGGUGUGAGCAGUUAAUUUAGUUUUGAAAAAAAUACAUGUAUACAACUUAUUGUGCAUCUGUUAUAAAGGAAAACAUUAUAAUUGUGAAA